AUGACUCCUUCCACCCCACCAAGGUCUAGAGGGACUAGGUGUCUUACGCAGCCUAGUGGCAAUACCAGUUCUAAUACUAUAAUGCAACCUCAAAGGACCCCUCAAAAGCCUUCACAGAACCUGGUCCCUGUUACCCCUUCGACAACUAAGCCUUUUAAAAAUGUGCCAUUAUUAGCACCUCCCAAUUCCAACAUGGGUAUGACCUCUCCAUUUAAUGGGCUUACAUCUCCUCAACGCUCGCCGUUUCCGAAAUCUUCAGUGAAGAGAACACUAUUUCAAUUUGAAAGUCACGACAAUGGUAUAGUAAGGGAAGAGCAGGAAUCAUUGGGUCGUGUAAAUAGAAUACUGUUUCCUACGCAGCAAGAUGCGGAUAUAGAUGAAGAUGAAGAAGUUCUUCUCCCCCCCAGCAGGCCUACCUCUGCUAGGCAGUUACGUUUAUCACCUGAAAGAGAUGAGCUGGAUCAAUCGUAUAGAAAGAAGAUUAUUAAAGAUAUACCUGGUACGCCCAGCGACAAGGUAAUAACAUUUGAGUUGGCAAAAAACUGGAACAACUAUUCUCCUCAAAACGCCAGUAGUCAAGAGAGUGAAGACGAGGAAGACAUCAUAAUUAAGCCGGCACAGGUGGGCAAAAACCCCUUUGUGUCAGAUGAACUGGUAACUCAGGAUAUCAGAAAUGAACGUAAAAAGGCGAUGUUAAGAGAAAACCCAGAUAUAGAAGACGUGAUAACAUAUGUCAAUAAGAAGGGAGAGGUGGUAGAGAAACGAAAGUUAACGGAUGAAGAAAAAAGAAGAUUCAAGCCAAAGGCAUUGAUAUUCUAUAUUACAACAUUAACAGGAUUUUUUAACUUUUUCCUUACCGUAUCCUUUUAUUCUGGUUUUCUCGUCUUCAGGAUAAUAGCACAUUUUAUUGUAGUAUCAUUUCAUCAAAGCGAGUUAGGGGAGGAUGCUUACAAGAAAGUCAUCUUCCUCUCUUCAGCAAUUAGAGAAAAGCAAAAGAGCAAAAGAGCAAAAGCUGAAACUACGCAAAACAAGAUGCAUCCCAUUAGUGGAGUGAUAUGGUUGUAUAUAUGUGUAUGGAUAGUGCAUGCAAAAGUGACGCCCAAGGAUGAAUUGAAGUGGAAUAAAGGAUAUUCGUUACCAAAUUUACUGGAAGUGACAGAUCAGAAAAAGGAGCUUUCACAAUGGACUUUAGGGGACAAAGUAAAACUUGAAGAAGGAAGGUUUAUUUUAACUCCUGGAAAGAACACGAAGGGUUCACUUUGGUUGAAACCAGAAUAUACAACUCAUGAUGCUAUGACAAUAGAGUGGACGUUUAGAAGUUUUGGGUUUAGAGGUAGCACAAAGGGCGGUCUUGCGUUUUGGUUAAAGCAAGGAAAUGUGGGAGAUGGCACCGAGUUAUUUGGUGGAAGUUCGAAAAAGUUUGAUGGCCUAAUGAUAUUGUUACGAUUAGAUGAUAAAUUGGGCGAGAGCGUGACAGCGUAUUUGAAUGACGGAUCCAAAAAUCUUGACAUUAAAAGCUCACCAUACUUUGCGUCAUGUCUGUUUCAGUACCAAGAUUCCAUGGUACCAUCCACAUUAAGAUUGACGUAUGAUCCGCUAGAUAAUCACCUGCUAAAAUUGCAGAUGGACAAUAGAGUGUGUUUCCAGACGAGGAAAGUCAAAUUUGUGGGCAGCUCAUUUAAAAUUGGAACAAGCGCUAUCAACGAUGCAUCCAAAGAAUCGUUUGAAAUCUUGAAAACGAAGCUUUAUGACGGAGUCAUUGAAGAUUCGCUAAUUCCUAAUGUGAACCCUAUGGGACAACCCAGAGUGGUUACCAAAGUGAUCAAUUCUCAAACUGGCGAAGAGAGUUUUAAGGAGAAGACGCCAUUUUCUGAAAAGGGAGAAAGUAUUACGAGUAAUGAGCUUUUUGAGAAGAUCAAUAAACUGGAAGGGAAAAUCAUGGCAAAUGAUAUCAACCCAUUACUUCACAAGAUGGACAAGAUUGUGGAGAAUGAGCGCGAACUGAUCCAACGUUUAAGAUCAGUGUUGGAUCUAAAGAAAACAGACCGAAGGCCGGCCAUAAAUGACGAUAGUUUCCAAGAUUUUCUUUCGAUGAAUUCAAAUCUGGACAAGUUGAUAAAGGAACAAGAAAGAAUUCGGCUAGAUGCAAAGCUACAUAGCGAGCGGACCAACGGCCAUGAUGAGAUUUUUUCCAAAAUAAGUGUAUGGUUGGUACUAUUGAUUUUCAUUAUGAUCACGUUAGCGUACUACAUGUUCAGGAUCAAUCAAGACAUCAAGAAAGUCAAGCUUUUAUAG